UACCUGGCCGCAAGAAAUUCCACCGCACACGGGAAGCGAAGGAGGAAGGUAGCUAGCGGACCAGGAGCCAGCGCGGUCAUGCCUUGCAUCCAGGCGUCCAGCCCCAGCAGCAUGCCGCACCAGCACCACGGGCGGGUCCUGGCCGGCGUCUGCGUCGGCGUGGGGUGCGGGGCUGAGGCGGCCACGGCUUCUACCAAGGCGGGGAUGAGGUGCGGGGCGCACGACGGGGAGGUGCCGGCGGAGGUGGCGCGUCACCACGAGCACGCGGCGCCGGAGCCCGGGCGGAGCUGCUCCGCGGUGGUCCAGCACGUGGCGGCGCCCGCGGCGGUGGUGUGGUCGGUGGUGCGGCGGUUCGACCAGCCGCAGGCGUACAAGCGGUUCGUGCGCAGCUGCGCGCUUCUGGCGGGGGACGGCGGCGUGGGCACGCUCCGGGAGGUGCGCGUCGUGUCGGGCCUCCCCGCCGCGUCAAGCCGCGAGCGGCUCGAGAUCCUGGACGACGAGAGCCACGUCCUCAGCUUCCGCGUCAUCGGCGGCGAGCACCGGCUCCAGAACUACCUCUCCGUCACUACCGUCCAUCCGUCCCCGGCCGCGCCCGACUCCGCCACCGUCGUCGUGGAGUCCUACGUGGUAGACGUGCCACCGGGCAACACCCCCGAGGACACCCGCGUGUUCGUUGGCACCAUCGUCAAGUGCAACCUCCAGUCGCUAGCCACCACCGCCGAGAAGCUCGCCGCCGUCUCGUCGUGAGGCGUCCAUCUCCAUCUCCACGGGUAGUCGAUCAGUCGUUUUCCGGGCGGGAGGGAUGCGUGUUUCUUCCGCGCGUGAGCUUUUUUUCCCCUUCUUUCUUCUUUGUUUUUUCACAUUUGACCCCUCUUUUUUUUUUCUCGUUGUUACGACGCACACCCCUCCCUCCCUUGUCCAAAGAUUCAAGAGAUAAGUAAAAGAUAGAGAUUUCAGUUCGAGUACAUGCUUGAAUUUUGUAUAUAUAUGUUCGUGAUGUAGAUAUUGUCUCUUUGGAAGGCCAGAAAUACAUACGAUUGUGUUCUUUUGCAA